AUGAAGCCGGCCGCGGGCGCGCGCGGAGGCGGCUCCGGAGGGUCGGGUGGCCGCGGGGGCGGCGGCGGCUGGGGCGGCGGCUGGGGUGGAGGACGCGGCGGUGGCGGAAGGGGCAAGCGAGGAGGAGGCGAUGGCGGCGGCCCGGGAGGCAAGGGCGCCUUCGGGGGGCGCGGGCGCGGCUUCGGCGGCGGCGGCCGGGGCCGGGGACGCGGCGGCGGCGGGGGAGGGCGCGGCGGUGUGGGCAAAGGCAAGAACCGCCGCAGGAAGGGCGCCAACGCCGUGUCUGUGGAGCCGCACCGGCACGAGGGCGUGUUCAUCUACCGCGGCGCGGAGGACGCGCUGGUCACGCUGAACAUGGUGCCGGGCCACUCGGUGUACGGCGAGAGGCGGGUCACGGUGACCGAGGGCGGUGUGAAGCAGGAGUACCGCACGUGGAACCCUUUCCGGUCCAAGCUGGCCGCGGCCAUCCUGGGCGGGGUCGACCAGAUCCACAUCAAGCCCAAGUCCAAAGUGCUGUACCUGGGCGCCGCCUCGGGGACCACUGUCUCCCACGUCUCCGACAUCAUUGGCCCCGACGGCCUAGUCUACGCGGUCGAAUUCUCCCACCGCGCGGGCCGCGAUCUGGUCAACGUGGCCAAGAAUCGAACAAACAUCAUCCCGGUCCUCGAGGAUGCCCGGCACCCGCUCAAGUACCGCAUGCUCAUCGGGAUGGUGGACGUGAUCUUCGCCGACGUGGCCCAGCCGGACCAGUCCCGCAUCGUGGCUUUAAACGCACACACCUUCCUGCGCAACGGGGGCCACUUUCUCAUCUCCAUCAAGGCCAACUGCAUCGACUCCACUGCAUCCGCCGAAGCAGUGUUUGCAUCUGAGGUGAGGAAGUUGCAGCAGGAGAACUUGAAGCCUCAAGAGCAGCUGACCCUGGAGCCCUAUGAGAGGGACCACGCUGUGGUCAUCGGGGUCUACCGACCCCUUCCGAAGACGAGCGGUAACAAGUAGCACCCAGCUCAGGCUGUCCCUGAGAUCUUACCCAAGGCGGUGCUGUGUUCAGUGUUACUGUUUAUGCAUUUUUUUGUGUGUGUAUUUCGUUUUAUUGUUUUUCUAUUAAAUGGCUUAAAGAAACAGUGCCUAGGUGUAUCAGUGAGGCUAGGCUGGGUUUAGCUGCAGUAACAAUCAAUCCCCAAUCCCAGCUUAUAUAAGGGUCUCUCAAGGAACAG